GUUUAACAAUACCAAUCAAGAUUAAACCAGAAAGUAUUCAAAUGAACUAAUCUCAUCUUAUUCAUUGAAGUAUUCAUAUUACAAGGAACUAAGUUCUAUUCCAAAAUGUCUAACCGAAAUCCUAAUACUACUACUACUACUCCUACUACUUAUGAAUCCAUUGGUCUAACUAAAAAACAAUACAAUUUAUAUCGUCAUUUAAAUUCCGAUAAUAUGAAAUCUAUAUUAUAUCAGAAUGAUUGGAAUAUACCAUUUCAUUAUAUUCAAUAUCCAAUAUGUCAUUGUAAACAUUUCAUUCAAACAAAUAGUAAUACUACUAACAAUUUAAUAAGUAGUCAAUUAAAAGAACAACAAUAUGAAGAUUAUUGUCAUUAUAAACCUAUAUUGAAGAUUGAAUGUCCUUGUAACAUAAUAAAGUUGAAUAGAAUCAAAUCAAAUCCAUCUUGUUGUAAAGUACAUUCUACAACCUAUUCCACGAAUUGUUGUCAUAGAUACUAUCCAAAGUUAUUAUUGGUUAAUCCAUUGUGCAAUUAUCAUAAUGAACAAGUGAAUAAUCAUAGAUGUGUACAUUGUUUAUGUCAAUGCUGUAUUCAAUCGAAAUGGACUAGUUCAGUGAUUCCAUCAUGUAGUAAUUGGCAGUAUUAUGAGAAAUCUCAUGAAUGAUGGUAUUAUGGUUACUGGAUUGGAUCAAUAUAUAUAUGCAUACACUAGAUGUGGAUUCAUUUAUGAAUGAUACUUCAAAAGUGACUUUUAUGUGUUUUGGUACUUGAAAAAAUUGAUUUUAAGUUUUUUGGCAAUAAAAUUUGCUUUGAUUUCAUGUGACUUUAUUGCAUUAUACAGGACUUGGUCUUGACUUAAAUCAUGUUGAAACAUUGAAGGUGAAGAACUAUUUUAAGUAACAGGGGUUUAGUAAGAUCUCACAGUAAAUAGUAGCAAAAACCUAUUAUUUGUUUGCUAGUAUUGUAUUAUUCAAAUUACUUACUUACUUACGCAUGUUACCCCUUGUCAAGGAGAAAAGGCCGCACACCAGCAUUCUCCAUCCAAUAAUUUCCAGUUAACAUUCAUGCUUUUCAUAUCUGGUUCUAUUUCCUAGUGUAAUGUGUUCUUUGGCCAUCCUGUUUUCCGCCUUCCUUCAGGAUUCCAAGUUAGAGAUUGACUCGUAAUGCAGUUUGGUGAUUUCCUUAAUAUAUAUCCGAUCCACUUCCAACGUCUUUUCCUAAUUUC